AUGCGCUUUUCCAUAAUCUUCCAACUUUACACCAUCGCGGCCUGCAGCUCGCAUGCGCUCGCCCUGGGGACCACCAGAGAGCAGCAACCCGACGCUCCCGCCAUGUUCGACAAUGGUGCGGCUGUUGUGCAGAGAGAUUCCAUUAGCGGCAGCUCCGGCACCAUGAAGCACCAGCCGCUUCAGCGUCGAAACCCUUUCCCGGGUCCGGGCCCCAGGAGGUUCGGGUCAUGGAGUGGCAGACCUGUGCCCAGCGCCCACACACGCCAACGUCCUAAUGCUCCUCAGACGGAGACGUUUUAUGACGCCAACCAAGAAACUGCGAGGCAAAUGGCCAAUAGGAAAAUGACACAAAUACUAAGUAACAACCCACAAAACACGGAUGUGUAUGGCAAUCCUACCGGCACUACGCAGAGCGUCCGCACACGCUACCGUAGGCCUACUCAACAGAACGAGGAAGUGUUUUAUGACGCCGAAGAUUCUUUUGGCGCCAGCGGACAAACUGCGCGCCAAAGGGCCAGCCAGAGAAUGGCCCAGUACCACCAAGCUAAUCCACAAGGGACGGGACUCAGGACCGCUCCUACCGAUGCACGCCAACAGGCGGCAAGGAACAUGGCUCAGUUACAGAGGGCCAACUCACAAGCUCCUCGAUUGGCCGUCAGCGCUCUGCAUAGGAUUUUCAAACACACUCUUAAUGAUUUUGGACUUGACCAACACCAGGCUGUCAAGUCUAGUUUGAUGAAGAUGUAUUCCCUGAAGCCCGAUUGA